AUGACUUUAUUCUUUUCGAGGAUCACAGCUAAUGAGUUGCAAUCUGUAAAGGAUAUCUAUUUCAUUUGCAAUCCAUCGAAACCUGAGAUGUCGAGAAAAAUUCGAAUCAAAUCGACACGUCCGUUGAACAGCUGGGAUCCCAACUGGGCCAGCGUUAUCAACCCGGAACCGGAAGAUGAUCCUCGAACGUAUGUCGUCGAUGAAGAUUUUCGCGCAAAAAAAGUCUGGGAGUACUACAAUGCUCAUAAGGCUGAAUUCUUGAAUAUUUCGAGUGUUGAACAACAGAAACGCCUAGGCGAAGCGACAAAUGAGACGGGUGGAUCGUUUCUAUUUCAUUGCGAUCGGGGCGACCCACAAAUCGUCCUCAAAUUGGCUAAAGGGUUCAUCGCUUUGGCUAAAGCAAUCAAUGAUGGAUCGUUUGACGUUCCCGAUCUUCUGGCCAUUUCGAUGAGAGUCACCUCUCCGGUCCACACUUCACGAAUCAAGGUCGAGACGGACAAAUCGAAUGUCGAUGAAGAGAUGCUCGCGAAGAUUCGUCACAUUCUAUUAUCAAGCGAUUAUAAAGCGAAAGUGAAAACAAAUGUUGCAAGUUACUUAAACUGGAUGCCCCGGGAAAGCUCGAGAGAUGUGUUCAAAUUUGAGUCACCGUUUGUUGAACAAAGAGGGAAUAUUGGUCGACUCGAAGAAGGGCUUAAGAAAAUGAACAUUUCAAAGAAG